CUUCCCUCUCCUCACAAGUUCGCUUUUACGUCGAAACAAAGGCCCCAGACGGCCCUCGACUCGACGGAGGGUGAUACAGCGUGAGAACAUUGCCGUAUUUAGUGGCUCGACUAUCACAAGCCGAAAUUCAAGCAGAAGUGGGUCGACUUGAAAAUGUGGCGGCACCCUGCACGUCGUCCGCACUCCAGACAGCUCUCGACUGCAUUCCACGACCGUUGAAAAGCUCGCAUUCAAGGUCACCAAACGCGCUGCAUUCCUCGACCUACCAUGUCACACUACGACGUGCUCAUUGUCGGUGCCGGCGUAGCGGGCUGCGCCCUCGCCCAUGCGCUCUCCACCCUCCAGCGCCCGAAACCUCUCCGCAUCUGUCUUCUAGAGCGCUCUCUCGCCGAGCCCGACCGCAUCGUAGGCGAGCUGCUCCAGCCGGGAGGCGUCAUCGCCCUCCAAAAACUCGGUAUGGAAGACUGUCUUGACGGUAUCGACGCCAUCCCCAUGCGCGGCUACUGUGUGGUCCUCGGCGGCCAGCCCGUGCAGAUCCCCUAUCCGGACGCCGACGAGGGCCGCAGUUUCCAUCACGGCCGCUUCAUCCAAACGCUGCGCAAGAAGGCGAAGCAGGCGGUGGGCGUCGACGUGAUCGAGGCGACCGUCACCGAGCUCGUCGAGUGUCAGGUCACCGGGCGCGUCCUCGGCGUGCGUGCGAUACGCAAGCAAGAGGCAGGCGAGGGAGCGGAGACGGCGGCGGCGGAGAAGGAGACGUUCCUGGCGGACUUGACGGUCGUUGCGGACGGGUGCUUCUCCAACUUCCGGACAAAGGUGCUCGGAGAGGUGGGUGUGAAGCCUGCGCUCAAGAGCUACUUUGUGGGCGUCAUCCUCGACGAUGCGCACCUGCCGAUUGCUCAGCAUGGUACAGUUGUGCUCGUGAAGGGACACGGCCCAGUGCUGCUCUAUCAGAUCGGUCAGCACGACACACGUAUGCUCGUCGACCUCAAGGAUCCUCUGCCAGCGGACAUCAAGGAAACGAUCCUGACGGAUAUCAUGCCUCAGCUGCCCACAUCCCUCCAAGAGCCCGUCAGGAUAGCACUGGAGAAGGACCGGCUGCGGCGGAUGCCCAACUCGUUCCUCCCUCCGGCAGAGCAGGGCGGGCGACACACGAAGGAGGGAGUCUUCCUCCUCGGCGAUUCGUGGAACAUGCGGCACCCGCUCACGGGCGGCGGGAUGACCGUCGCGUUCAACGACGUCGUCACGCUGCGAGACCUUCUUCGCGAUGUUGACGACUUUGGCGACUGGAAGGCGGUGUCGGGCGUCCUCCACCGGUGGCACUGGUCGCGCAAGCGGUUCGCGUCGACGAUCAAUGUUCUCAGCCUCGCGCUGUACGAUCUCUUUGGAGCGGACGAUGAGAAUCUGGAGGUGCUCCGGACAGGAUGCUUCAAGUAUUUCGAGCUUGGCGGGAACUGCAUUCGCGAACCGGCCUCCCUCCUUUCUGGGACGAAGCAAUCGACGCUGCUCCUCGCGUACCACUUCUUCGCCGUCGCGCUGUACGCUAUCUGGGUGAUGUUCACGCAUCCGCGACAGGUCGGCACCACGGACGCGGGCAAGCCCGUCUACGCCCGGCCGCGCAUGGACGAGUACCCGUUCCUCGCCGUCAAGUGUGUGCAGGUGCUCUGGACCGCGUGCAUGGUGUUCAUGCCGCUCAUCUGGACGGAGAUUCGAUGGUGGUGAGCCGGUGGGCCUGUGCGGCGACGACGGACGCUUGCAUAGAAUGAACACAACACAUAUGUAAUUAGAUCGGAUUGAAUACCUAGUCGUAAUGGAUACCUC